AGCAGAGAGAGAGAGGGGCAGCAAAAGCUCCUGGCGCCCGGUGGCACGGCUCAGCGCCCAGGGCAUCUCUCUGCUGUUGCUCGUGAGUGAGUUGAGCCCUGGGCUCUUCCACCAAUCCCAGCACGAGGGUGUGUGCGCGCUGCCGGCGCAUUGGAAGGAGGAAGUCGAGCGGGGAGAGAUGUACAACCGCAGGGAGUCCAAGUGCAGCCUGCACAUGGAGCAGGAACUGCCGGGCUGUGUCUACCGCCAGCGAGGAGAAGGGAUACAGAACACAAGCAGAAUAUGGAAACUGAAGAGGCACAGGACAUUUCCCAGCUGUCAGGUGAGACAGGGAGUAAAGAAGCUCUUUCUGUAAAUGAUCAAGAAGAGUUAGAGCAGAUGCCUGUCCCAGAAGAUCUGUCCACUAGCUCAGGGGGGCAGAACAACCCACAGGGCGAGAGGGUCAUUGUGAAAGAAGACAACAAAUCACAUGAUUUAACUGAAGGAGUAUGCAAGAUGGGAUCAGAAAGAGCUAUGGUACUGGACAGACUUGCAAGCAAUGUUGCAAAACGCAAAAGCUCAAUGCCACAAAAGUUUGUUGGUGAAAAGAAGCUGCAGCUUGAUAUUUCAGAGCUUCAGUAUGACGCUAAUUCAAAUUAUGAAAAGGAGAGUGAGAUGAUGCAGACUCAUGUUUUGGAUCAAGCAAUUAACAAUGCUAUCAAUUAUCUAGGGGCUGAGUCCUUGCGUCCUCUUGUCCAAACUCCUGCUGGAGGCUCUGAAGUGAUACCAGUAAUAAGCAACAUGUACACCAUCCAUAAAACCCAUUCAGAUACACAGAGUCAUACUAACAAUGCCGCAAGCCAAGAUGGUGCCGUAGAAAACGUAGUGCUUAUUUCGAAAACAAAAUCACAGUCAUCAGAAAGAGAACCGUCUCCAAACAACAGCUGCCCAGAUUCCACAGAUACAGAGAGCAACAAUGAAGAACGAAACAACCUGAUUUACCUGACAAAUCACGUAGCUCCACAGGCAAAAAAUGGCUUGCCUUUAAUAAAAGAAGAUCCUAGAUCUUAUGACAUUAUGAGAGCAGGUAUGGAACCUAAUCAAGAAAUCAUCAAAGUGAUUAGUAGUGAUGGAGAACAUGUGAAAGUUUAUAAAUGUGAACACUGCAGGGUACUUUUCCUGGAUCAUGUGAUGUUUACAAUACACAUGGGGUGCCAUGGAUUCCGUGACCCCUUUGAAUGCAACAUGUGUGGGUACCGAAGCCAGGAUAGAUAUGAAUUCUCUUCACACAUAACAAGAGGAGAACAUCGUUUUCAUAUGAACUAAUGAACUAUUUCAAUCUACAUUUGGACAUUCUUUUCCAUUUUAUGUGAUUAACUACAAUUUACUCAAAAAAUAAAAGAAGAAAGAGAAAACCAAAAUCAUUAGCUUUUUUUUGUAUAUUUUUCAUUUAUCCUUCUUCUUAAAACUGUUAUUUGCAAGAUGUGGACAGAGUUUUAUACGACAGAUCAUAUCAUCAGACCUCUCAGAAUCAAUACAUCUGAAGGAGAGUUCUUUGAGAUUGUAUUUAAUCAUUUUUAGCACUUAAAUUAUUUGCUUAUUGUCUAUGAUCUAACUGAAAUGUAUAUGUGAACAGUUGAUCACAAACCUCAAACUAGUGGGUAAGAGCUUGCGUUUUUAUUACUGUAGUUUGCAACAAGCGGUACUAGAAUUUUUAAACAGUUUAAAGCUUUUUAGUCUAGCAACUUUUAUAAAAAGCAUUGAUAGCUGUGUGUGAAUCAGUGUUGUAAAUUGUAGAAUUGGCACUCUAUAUAUGGUCUUGUUUCUUUGGCUGUGCUCCUUUUUGUAAUAAAUACCAGCUAAAACUUGAGAGCUUCAAUAAGAUACUAUUUGCAUUUUGACCUGUUAAAACUGAGUCGUAUCUACAUAGUAUCUUGAGGUUCAUCGUUUACACAGAAAUUGUGCCUAAUAUGUUGGUUACAUUAUUGGAAACAGUUUUCUGACAAAAAAAUUGUUAUUUUUCAUUGAUUCUAUAAAUAUAUACGUAUUUUCUAAUGUUUAUCUUUUAUUUCAAAUCCAAUAGGUUUGUUUUAUUUAUUACGUUAAUUGUUAGAUUUAAAAUUGGAUUUAUCACCUUACAUUUCUAAAUGAAAUAUUGAUGGGUAGUUGCUAUUUCUUUGACACAGAAAACUUAUAUAUAUAUGUUAAUUUAAAAAUGAAGUUAAAGUUUCUCAAACUUCAGACUUGUUUAUUAGAAUUGGCACAGUAUGGUGAACAUUCUCAAAACUUAAAUUACCAAAAUACUUCUAUACUGUUGCUAAUGUUAAAUUAUAAUCUUAAAAUGUGGCACCAUAUUUAGAGACAUUUGACCUAUUAUGCAUGUAUCAACUGUCUGAAGAAUUAUUGGCAUUGUCCUAUUUCCAUACCCUUUUUCUUCUCUUUUGAAUAUUUACUCACUUUUCUUUUAAAAGGCAUCACAGAUUUGAGUCCUACCAGUGUUGCUGGUAUGAAAUUAUAUGUCCUAAUAACUGUGUGCCCAUGAAUAAGUUUCUCCUAACCUCAUUGAUGUUCUUUUGGUGAUAGUGCGUUUAUGUCCUCUCAAUCCCAACUCACUUCUGCCAGAAAUAGAUGUUCUCUAUUUAUCUUCACAACAAGUUAUAUUUAUAUAGCACCUUCAACAUCAUAAACCUCCCAAGGUGCUUUACAGAAGCAGUCUAAAGCAAAACUUUCCCUAAUUUAGAAGAACUUCAAGAUAUUCUCUUCAUCUUCUUUGUUAUAUUGAUAAGAACCUAAUUAUUCUAGUCUGUCUUCAUUAAUGCGUCUUGUGAGUGGUAUCCUAACUAGUGAAUCUCUUCCACACAUUCAACAUGGCCUUGACAGAUUUCCUUAAAAACACCACAAACUGAAUACAGUCUCCUAAUUGCAGUGUAACCAAUGAUUUAUCUCGAUUUGGCUUUUCCAUUUGCUUUCGUACCCUAAAACAAAAAAUUCAACAUCUGCUUUUUAGCAAUUAAGUUUUAUCAAUUUACCCUCCCACUGUCACAUUUUUGAGUCUUAACCCCAAAAUCUCUCUACUUCCUGACUAUUUUUGAAGUCUUAUUGUCUGGUACAAAAUGUUCUCUCCUCUUCUUCCUUCUAAAAUGUAUUGCCUCAUAUCUCUCCAAAUUAACUUGUAUCCAGCAUCUUUGUGUCCAAACUCCUAACGUUACUGUAUAAUCUUAGAGUCACUUAUAGUCUGUUUCCAUUUUUAUUUUCCUUCUUAAUCCUGAAAUUUUAGACCACAACAUCAUAAAGUUUAGCCUUCAAAUGCAUUAAGGGCUUUGCAGUUAACUUGCUGACAAGUAUUGCAGUGUUAUCCAUCAUUUGACAUAAUGGAAAGGUACAAAAAAUUAAUACAAAUCCCUAACUUUUAUGAAUUUCCAAAUUAUAUUCCACACCAAUAGUUGAACAAUACUGUGUAUAUAUCUUGUACAAAAGCUUUGACCAGAAAACUGUUACAGUAUGUAAUUAGAAUGUAAAGAUCAUUGCAUUAUAUUCCUUUUAAACUAUUACUGGAAAUGUAAUGUUCCAUUCUUUUUUUAAAUCAAUCUUAAGGUAAAGAAAAAAUAUGGAUCAUCUGUGACCUAAUUGAAUGUUGGAACAGGCUCAAGGGGCUGAGUUACAUUCUCCUGUUCCUAUGUUUCUUUUUCCCAAAUUGGUCUUUUAAAUGUACUGCAUCAACUUCUAACAUCUGACAUUUAAACUUUUGUUAUCAGUAUCUAAAAAUUUGUAGAACUUCACAAAACUUUGUACUGCAUUUAAAAAUAAAUAUCAACCAUAACAUGAGACCAUCCCCUGUUGCAGAGAGAGAAAGCACAGAAACAUGUAAUCUACAUGUGUUUCUUAAGAGGAGACUCAACAUUUCUAAUGUGGAAAAUGUCUUUGUAAUUUUGUACAAAAAACAUAUCUAAUAUUAAAUUCACAUUUUAAAAUGUU